AUGAAACUUCAUUUUUGCCCUCAAUGUGAACAAAGCUCUCCGUCUGUGCACGCUUUCGUUUCUUCCAGGAGACUGGAACAAGAAUUGGCACCACUCGAGCUCAGCUGUCAGACGUUCUCACGGCACAAGCAGGUGAUUUUACUCCGGUUUCUACAAAGGUUGGAGUCGCCACUGCUACAUCAUGUCAAACGUUGGAUUGCUUCGGCAGAGGCCCAACACUCCUACACCGUCGCUGCCUGUACCUGUACUACUAUUUUCACAGUUCUUAGGUUUUGCUUUGCCAAUCGCUCACAUUGUAAUCGGGUCUCUGUAUCUCAAUGAGUGUCCGCGGCAGCGCUACAUCCCCAUCUACCUGAUCGUGGGGGGGGUCUUUGGUUUGGUCAUUGCGCUGCUCUCCUGCCUCCCCUGCACCCAGAGGGAGGAGGAUGACAGCAACCCAGACCCCCCCGGCUGCCUCUACUCCACCUGGACGUCACUGACCAAGCUCUUCCUGUUCUGCUGGUUCAUUGCUGGUAAUGUGUGGAUCUACUCUAUUUACCAGCCCGACUAUGUCAAGAACCCAGCCAGCCCGGAGCUGUACUGCAACAAAACGCUGUACCUGUUUGCCUUCUGGGUCACCACCAUGGGCUACAUCUUCGCGGGUCUGUCCUUUGUACUGGGCUUAUGCUUCAUGCUCUGCUCCUGCUUGUGUCGUCUAGCUGUUUCUGACGACGACGUGUAGCGGCCGAGUUGCACUUAGUACUUCAGUACUACUACUCUAAUGCACAGCCUGUUUUACGGACUCGAAGUUUAUAUUUUACAAUUAAGUCGUCAUCAUUCCAGAACUGGAAGGGAGAAAUCACCAAACCACUGCUGUCUCUGCUUUUGUUUGUCGUUAUUUAAUGUGCUCAGAAUCAGCAACGCUGGUAUUCUAGGCUGUAAUAGAUUGUGUUUGUCCAGUAAAAGUUUCAAUAGGUUGUGAAAAUGUCUUUUGGUUGCAUUCUUAAAAAAUAAACUACCAUAAUUGUGGUAUGCUUCCUUAUGAA